AUGGGCAACUUUAAUUCAACCGAAGUAAGCACCCGGCCAAGCUUUGACUCUUUGCCGCUCCAUGUGGGAGAUCCGAAAGCAUCAGCGUGGGGAUUAUGGGGCGAUGAAGAUGAACUCGGGGCUCUCAAUCUUCUGAACCCAGCUUUGGUCAAGAAUGCCACGAGUGAGGUGGUCAUAGGCGAGACAAUAACGCUCAAUCUUCCAUUGGAUGCCUUUAUACAGCCAAUGAACCCAGUUCGAAAGCCGUGCGAACACCGUAUCAUUCCAAAAGGCAACGCUAAUGACGACGAGGUUAGUCUUCUGAGCCAUGGCUCGCGGUCACGAGUCUCUAACAAGUUGCGGGAACAGAUCUCCAUCAAUACGCAAGGCGCAACGCAUUGGGAUGGGCCACGACAUUAUCCUUACCAAGAGCAUAUUCAAUAUUACAAUGGCGUGACUCAAGAUGAUAUUUCAGGGCCCGAUAACAACACUAAACUCGGUAUUCAAAAUAUGGCAAGGAAGUCCAUCACUGGCCGCGGUGUUCUACUUGACUGGUACUCCUGGGCAACCGAGAAAAACAUCACCUUUGACCCAUUUUCAACCUUUGGCAUUCCCUUGUCUCAACUCCAGGCCGUAGCAAACGCUCAGAAAAUCGAGUUUCAACAAGGCGACAUCCUGCUAGUCCGAACAGGCUGGCUACCGGCGUACCGUGCGCUCACCGUCGCUGAACAACUUGCUUUACCCCAACGGCAAGUGCGAGCAAGUUGUGGCGUCGAAGCAAGCGAAGAGACGAUCCGCUGGCACUGGGAUCAUGCGUUUGCUGCGGUGGCCUCGGAUACUGUUGCGUACGAGGCCUGGCCGAGCCCAAAACCAUGGGGCGUUAGCAUGCAUGAGGUGUUCCUGAGUGGUUGGGGCAUGCCGAUUGGAGAGAGUUUCGACUUGGAGAGGCUCGCUGUAAGGUGUAAAGAACUCCAGAGAUGGUCCUUCAUGAUGGUCAGUGUACCUCUGGAUAUCCCUGGCGGGAUCGCUAGCCCGCCUUCAGCAGUGGCGAUCUUGUAG